AUGUCAUUAGCUGGAUAUUCCAUACAACCAGUCAACAUUCAUAUCCUCACCUGGUAUGAAUCACCCGUUCUGGACGACGGGCUGCACACAGUUAACUUGUCAAAGUUUGUGGUAGAUGUGGACUACGCGAUCAUCACCGUGGGCCUGACGACACCUGUGGGUAGUACCUCGACCAUAAUUGUGGAUGAUUCUAACACCGAAAUCAAGCAUCAAGGUAGUGGAUGGAAUAUGAGUGGACGCAUCUUUAAUGAUGAACGGAGGCUGGGCACAUGGGCCACCGUUAGGAAAUUCAACUCAUCGCAUGGACUCCUUGGCCAAUGCCUUUCAAACCUUUGUCCAGGCAGUAGCAUCGCAGUCUUCGCCGUUUUUGGAUGGACUGGGACCGGAAGCCUUACUCUCGAUUUUUCUCUGGACAACCAAACUACUAUCUCGGUGGUCAGCAUACCAUCAGGCUCAACUCCUCCCCAUCAGGAAACACCGAAUUAUCAAUUUCUCUCAUCCAACCUUACCUCAGGCAACCAUACACUCUUUGCAAAUGACACUGACACGAUUGGAAACCAGACGUUCGUUUUCGAUUAUCUCACCUAUAUUCCAUCGUUCGAGUUACUCGCGAACAAACCAGACUUCACGGACACGGGCACUGUAUUACCAACACCUGGAGCAGUAGCGGCUCCCACGCAAGGGAAUGGCAACUGCAAGCAUGUAAAUACUAGCGUUAUCGUUGGUUGCGUGGUGGGGGGUCUAGUGGGCCUGACGUUUCUCGCUGCUUUUGCAUUUAUCAUAGCCCGCCGAUGGCAUAAACUCAAGGCAGAGUCAGCGCUUGUUUCUCCUAGACCGAUGGAUACGCAAAACAUGAAUACAUAUGCCAGUACAAAUUCCACGGGCGCACAGGCCCAGUCACCAAGUGUCCAAAGUUUCGCUUCCCCUGUCAACGAUAAGAUCAAGACUCUACGCCAUAAUGGUCCGCCAUGGCCCACACCAAACCCUGUGCUAUACCCUUUGCGGUACGGGGAAUCGACAAUGACCAGUCUGCCAGGUAGUGCGGUGUCAGGACGAGAUACGAACCCCACACAGGCUCAAAUGAACGAGCUACGUAGGAGACCUGAUGAUAUAACUUCGUGA